AUGUCACUUUCUAAUCUUGAAACCUGGGUCAAGUCCCAAGGAGGAAAGUGGACGCAGAACGUCUCGUUCUCUACCAUUGCUGAAAACAACUUUGGCGCCGUCUACUCCAGUGAUACACCUUCCAAUGUGUCCAUUGAAGUGCCUACUCAGUGCAUUAUCAAGCUAUCGGAUGCUGUCAAGCAUUUGGGCAACGAGUUUGAAAGCAUUUGUCGCCAAACUCGCAACAUUAACUGCGUCACCAAGUUAUUUUUGGCCAGAGAAAGAUCACCGGCCUACUUGGACAAAUCGCAGUUCAAACCAUACAUCGAGACCCUUCCCAGUAUGAGGGCCAUCAACUCUCCUUACGUUUGGUCUGCCGAGGAGAAGGCAUGUCUCCAGGGUAGUAAUCUCGGCAGUUCACUUCGACAGAACAUCGGUGAGCUUAUUGAGGAGUGGUGGCUGGUGAUAAGUCUCUUGCCAGAGUCGGUAGCUAAGCCAGAUAACCACUUUCUCAAUAUGAAAUUCUACUACGAACAUAAGUUCUAUACCGAGGCUGAUUUGGCGGCAUACGUGACUGAAGACAACCAUAGUAAUUGGACUUCGUUCGCCAGCUACUUGUGGGCAUCUAUGAUCAUGAAGUCUCGGGCAUUCCCAUCAUACUUGUUGAAAGAGUGUCUGACAACUGUAGACGCCUUGGACGUAGCUCAGGAAGACGUGACCAUGCUUAUUCCCGUUGUGGACCUCUUGAACCAUAACCCCAAGGCGCUGGUUUCGUGGGGUGGUGCCUCUGGCUCGUUCAAAUUCGAAUCCCACGACGAUUACUCUCGUGGAGACCAAGUUUUCAACAAUUAUGGCCAGAAGGGAAACGAGGAGCUUCUUCUUGCCUACGGAUUCUGUAUUGAAAACAACCCAGCAGAUAGUGUGGUGUUGAAAAUAAAGGUUCCUGAGGAGUUGCUCCCGGAAUUGGAGAAAAAUGGCGUGCAACUUCCUUCACUUUCGGACUAUACAACGUCGGUUGUGCAUUCGGCGGCCAAGGUGGAAGACAAGCAAGCAGUGCACAAGGAUGGGCUUUUAUUCUUUAUUUCCAAGGACAGAGUUCCCGAGAACUUGGUGCUGGUGUUCCAGUGGCUUGUUAAGUCUAAAUGGGAAGGUGAAAAGUUGACGUUGAGAAUGAAGCUCAGUGGCUUGAACCACUUGCGUCAGGCUUUGGAGUCGAAGACCCAGCUCCUCGAUGUCAACAGAGCCAAUGGUGCAUCCAAUGAGAUCAACAUCAAGAUCUACUUGAAAGGACAGAAGAAGUUGCUUGAGGGAGGAGUUAAGAAGGUGAAACAUUUGGAGAAGGAAUUGUUGGCAGAAAAUAAAGGCAAGUUGCUUUCGUUGAAGACGGUUUAUAAACGUGAUAUCAAAUUUGCUCAGUCAUUGCUUGUUACCAUGGGUGUGACUUCCUAUGAGGAUAUUUUGCUGGAGCAGCUUCUGGAUCAAGUUUGGUUGUUGUACUUGAUCAGAUGCUACAAUCGGAAGGAAUACGUGAAAUCCGAGGAAGACGAGGAAGAAAAUUACCUCCCAGAGUGGAUCACCAAGUGCUUCGAAAGGAUGGACCAGGAAAUUGACAUUCCGGCUGCCGAAGUACUCCAGUUCCGAGAAUUGUACGAGAACUUGAUCUUGCCCAUGAACCAGGCAGUUCCUGAAAUCUACAACGUGGGCCAGUGGACAGUCAGACAGUUGAUUGUCAGCACCAAAGUGAUGGACACCAUUGGGUUUGUCCGGGGAAAAGAGCAGGAAUGUAUUUUGGUGAACGAUUUCGAGUAA